AAUUUCCAGGUGUUGUCGGUCAAAGGCAUGUAAGACUCAGGCACUGCAUUCUCAGUGAAUGGCCUCCACUUUCCAUUGUAAGUCCAUUAAGCGGGCAGGGUGUCUGCCUGCUGUCUCCCUUAAGCUGCCUGACAUCCAUGGAUAGACCCAGUUAUUUAUUGGGUCUCUGUUUAUGCCAGUGGGUGCCCUCUGGGUGUGUUAGUGACACCCGAAACAGUCCACAGCAUUCGGUGUUUGUAUUUGACACAGAGUAGAGGGUAGUAUGAUCUGGGGGCCAGACCUCAGCUCAAGCCAGCGAGGGACUCCUGUUCAUUUACACAAAACACAGUAGGGUCAGACGUGAUCCCACAGGAAACGUGCACAUUGCUUUGCCCCAGGUCAGGCAUUUCUUGAAGAGCCUGGAAAGCUGAGAUUAGCCUCACACACUCAGGCCAGCAGGGAAUGGGGAAAACAAGCAGGGGACGAGGUGACCUGUUGGCUCCGGAGUCAGCAGGCCUCGCUCUGUCUGUGUCGUGCUGCAUGGGGGGGAGGGUGCCUUAUAAAUACAGCCAGCCAGAGGGCCCUGGCCCCAGAACCGAGGACAACAGCAGCCCCUGAGCAUCUGUGCAAGUCUCACCGAGAUGAAGCUGUCAGGCCAGGAAGAGUUUGAAGUCUCCAGAGCUUGUGAAAAUGUGCCCACAGGAGAGCUGGACAAUGACUCUGGCUCUGGGCCCAGACCUGAUGAUCCCUUAGACGCGGCCAGCGGGAAACUGGGGGAUCCCAAGGACCUCCUGCUCUUCAUUCAGCUCAACGAGCUGCUGGGCUGGCCCCAGGCGCUGGAAUGGAGAGAGACGGGCAGGUGGGUGCUGUUUGAAGAGAAGUUCGAAGUGGGUGCAGGCCGGUGGAGUGCCCCCCAUGUGCCCGCCGUGGCGCUGUCCAGCCUCCAGAAGCUCCGCAGUCUGCUGGCCAAGGGACUUGUCCUGCUGGACUGUCCAGCUCAGAGCCUCCUGGAGCUUGUGGAGCAGGUGACCAGAGUGGAGUCGCUGAGCCCAGAGCUGAGAGGGCAGCUGAAGGCCUUGCUGCUGCAGAGACCCCAGCACCCCAUCCAGACCACAGGCACCAGCCCCUGCCGGGGAUCGGCCCAACCAAGAGAGGCUUCGCGGGAUGAGGAAGCGCCCCUGAAGGAGCAGCGACAGAACCCUCUGAGACAGAAGCUCCCCCCGGGGACUGAGGCGGGGGCUGUGCUGGCCGGAGAGCUGGGCUUCCUGGCGCACCCCCUGGGGGUCUUUGUGCGACUGCGGGAUCCAGUGGUGCUGGGGCCCCUCACUGAGGUGCCUCUCCCCAGCAGGUUUUUCUGCCUCCUUGUCGGUCCCCCGACCCUGGGAAGGAGCUAUCACGAGAUGGGCCGGGCGGUGGCUGUCCUCCUCAGCGACCCGCAAUUCCAGGGGUCAGCUCGUCGGGCCAGCAACCUUCAAGACCUCCUGGCAGCCCUGGAUGCCUUCCUAGAGGAGGUGACAGUGCUCCCUCCAGGUCGGUGGGAUCCAACAGUUCGGAUUCCCCCGCCUAAAUGUCUGCCCUCUCAGCACAAAAGGCUCCCCGCGCAACUGCAGGAGGCCACGCGCCCCUCUGCCCGGCGAAGGGCCCCGGCCGAAGACCCGCACGGCUGCGGGCCGCACGCGCCCGGCCCUGAGUUGCGGCGGACGGGCAGGCUGUUUGGGGGCCUUGUCCAGGACGUGCGCCGGAAGGCCUCGUGGUACCCCAGCGACUUCUCGGACGCCCUGCACCCCCAGUGCCUCUCGGCCGUGCUCUACAUUUACCUGGCCACCGUCACGAACGCCAACUUUGGGGGACUGCUGGGAGAAGCCACCGACGGUGCUCAGGGGGUGCUGGAGAGCUUCCUGGGCACAGCAGUGGCUGGAGCUGCCUUCUGCCUGAUGGCGGGCCAGCCCCUCACCAUCCUCAGCAGCACUGGGCCAGUGCUGGUCUUUGAACGCCUGCUCUUCUCCUUCAGCAGAGAUCACGGCCUGGACUACCUGCCCUUCCGCCUGUGGGUGGGCCUCUGGGUGGCCACCUUUUGCCUGGUGCUGGUGGCCACGGAGGCCAGCGUGCUGGUGCGCUACUUCACCCGCUUCACCGAGGAAGGCUUCUGUGCCCUCAUCAGCCUCAUCUUCAUCUACGAUGCCGUGGGCAAAAUGCUGACCUUGACCCAGGCCUAUCCCAUCCAGAGACCUGGCUCUCUUGCCUAUGGCUGCCUCUGCCAGUACCCAGAACCAGGAGGAAACGAGUCUCAGUGGACAAGCACGAAGCCAAAAGUCGAAGAUGACAUCUUAAGCUUGGACCUAGGCCUGGUCAACGCAUCCUUGCUGCCCCCACCUGAGUGUGCCCGGCGGGGAGGCCACCCUCGUGGCCCUGGCUGUCACACGGUCCCGGACGUCGCCGUCUUCUCCGUCCUCCUCUUCCUAACCUCCUUCUUCUUUGCCAUGGCUCUCAAGCACCUCAAGACCAGCCGCUUCUUCCCCUCCGUGGUGCGGAAGAUGCUAGGCGACUUCUCCUCCGUCCUGGCCAUCCUGUUGGGCUGUGGCCUCGAUGCCUUCCUGGACCUAGCCACGCCAAAGCUCCUGGUGCCCAGAGAGUUCAAGCCCACACUCCCUGGGCGUGGCUGGCUGGUGUCACCUUUUGGAGCCAACCCCUGGUGGCUGAGUGUGGCAGCUGCCCUGCCUGCCCUGCUGUUGUCUAUCCUCAUCUUCAUGGACCAGCAGAUCACAGGGGUCAUCCUCAACCGCGCCGAGUAUCGACUGCGGAAGGGAGCUGGCUUCCACCUGGACCUCUUCUGUGUGGCUGCGCUCAUGCUGCUCACGUCAGCGCUUGGGCUGCCCUGGUACGUCUCAGCCACUGUCAUCUCCCUGGCCCACAUGGACAGUCUGCAGAGAGAGAGCAGAGCUGGUGUCCCAGGGGAGCCUCCUAGCUUCCUCGGCAUCAGAGAGCAGAGGCUGACGGGCCUGGUGGUGUUCAUUCUCACAGGACUCUCCAUCUUCCUGGCACCGGUACUCAAGUUCAUCCCGAUGCCUGUGCUCUACGGCAUCUUCCUGUCCAUGGGGGUGGCCGCGAUUAGCAGCAUCCAGUUCACAAAGAGGGUGCAGCUAUUACUGAUGCCAGCAAAGCACCAGCCAGACCUCCUGCUCUUGCGGCAUGUGCCCCUGAGCAGGGUCCACCUCUUCACAGCCAUCCAGCUUGCCUGCCUGGGUCUGCUCUGGAUAAUCAAGUCUACCCCUGCAGCCAUCAUCUUUCCCCUCAUGUUGCUGGGCCUGGUGGGGGUCCGAAAGGCACUGGAGUGGGUUUUCUCACCACAGGAACUCCUCUGGCUGGAUGAGCCGAUGCCAGAGAAGGAGAGAAGCAUCCCUGAGACGGGGCUGGAGCCGGAGUACUCAUUCAACAGAAGUGACAGUGAAGAUUCUGAGCUGAGGUAUCAGCCAAAGGCUCCAGAAAUCAACAUCUCUGUAAAUUAACUGGAGUAGGAGGAGUAUGGAGUGGAGGCUCCAAGAAACUGAGAAUGAGAUAUUCACUCGGGAAGUCAGGACAUUGCUGGCCUUUGGCUUAAGUGCCAGAUGCUUGGUUGGCUGGGAACCUGGAACACUGGGACAGGACUGGAAGGCAGGUGGCCAAAACCUCAGUCACCCCCAUGAACGAAGGGUGGAGAGUAGCAGGGAACAGGCAGGUUUGCACUACGGUUAGGAAAGUCGAGUAAGUCAGAGGGACUGGCCAAGCCCCAGUCACACUCUACCCCAGUAAAGGAAGCUAAUUCCAGAAGCCCUUCCCAUUUUGAACUUUCUGUCCUCACAAAUUCUCUUUUAUAGAAUCAGGGGGUUGUCACAUUUUGGUUUGCAAAAGGGAGAAAAAGCCCCUCUUUCUUAUUAUAAUAAGUAUUCUUCUAUUUGAAACAGUUUCUUACACAUAGAAAAAUGUUUUGUUUUUUCAUCGCAAAAGUAAAUGAGAUAUAGCAAAAUAUUAGACCACUAUAAAAAUGUAUAAUUUUGAGGAGUUCCCGUCGUGGCUCAGUGGUUAACGAAUCCGACUAGGAACCAUGAAGUUGCGGGUUUGAUCCCUGGCCUUGCUCAGUGGGUUAAGGAUCCGGUGUUGCUGUGAACUGUGGUGUAGGCCCAUGGCUACAGCUCUGAUUAGACCCCUAGCCUGGGAACCUCCAUAUGCCGCAGGAAGCGGCCCGAGAAAUGGCAAAAAGACAAAUAAAUAAAUAAAUAAAUAAAAAUGUAUAAUUUUGAAAUGGAGACCAACCCAGAGAUAACCAGUGUUCACAUUUUAGUGUAUAUUGUGCAUAUUUGAGUUUAAUAACAUUUUUGACACUUAAUAUGCAUUAGAUAUUUUCCCCAUGUCUAUACUACAUACACAUCCAAUUUAUCCAUUUUGCAUAGAAUAACUUUACAAAUUGAAAAAGAUAUUAUAUAUACAGAAGAAUAUAUAAAAUGUCUUCUGCAAGUGCAAGAAUUUCUCCAGAGUGCAUACCUAGGAGUGGAAUUAAAGAAUAACAACAAAAGGAACAUGUGUAAUCCAACACUCAAGUUAAGAAAUAGCAUCUGGAGUUCCCGUCGUGGCUCAGUGGUUAAUGAAUCCGAUUAGGAACCAUGAGGUUGCAGUUCGAUCCC